UAAAAUUUUACUUACGUAGGCAAUGAACAUGGCUUCGUCAGCCUAAAUUAGUGCCCGGUCCAAUAUCCUACAAACUUUGGGCCAUUAUCAGUUGGGCUCAAGAAGUUGUACCGAUCCGGAUCCGGGUAAAUCGUCCGACCUUCCUCUUUCAUUUCCCCUGUGUGUUCUUGCUCGAAAAUCGUUCUCCUAAACCCUAAUUUCUUCGAAUUUCCCUUUUCGGUGCAAAUUACUACACGUCGUCAAGUUUUUCGCCCCAGAUUUGUUUAGCGAACAUUUGAUUGUGACUGUAAUUCUUCGUUUUCUUCGCCUGCGGAAAAGCUUGGAUUUUGAAAUGGACGCGAAGGACAUACUAGGGUUGCCGAAAAAUGCAUUGUCUAUACAAGAGAAGAAGUCUAAGCCUCCCAAAGAAUCUCAGAGAAAACCAGAUGGCAUAUCGCGCGAGGUUUACGCUCUUACAGGUGGAUUGGCUCCUUUGAUGCCGGCCAUUGAUGUGAAUCAAUUGAAACGUAAAGCCCAAGCUGGCGAUGAGAAGAUUACUUGGCAAUGGCUUCCAUUUACGAAUUCUGCCAGGAAAGAUGACCUGCAGCUUUACCAUUGGGUUCGAGUGGUAAAUGGCAAUCCACCAACCGGUGACUAUUCAUUUGCAAAGUAUAACAAAUCUGUUGAUGUAAUCAGGUACACGGAUGAGGAGUAUGAAAAGCACUUGACUAAUCCUGCAUGGACCAAGGAAGAGACAGAUCAACUGUUUGAUUUGUGUGAAAGAUUUGAUCUCCGUUUCAUUGUUGUAGCUGAUAGAUUUCCAUCAUCAAAAACUAUUGAGGAACUUAAGGAUCGAUAUUAUAGUGUUUCUAAAGCUCUCUCUAUUGCUAGGGCUCCAUCUUCUGUAGAUGUUGCUGGGGCUCCACUUGUAAAGGAGCCUUAUAAUGCUUCUCAAGAAUCUGAAAGGAAACGGGCAUUGAACUUGUUGCUCUCGCAUACAAAGCAGCAAGAGCGCAAAGAUGUUGAGGUUCUUGCUCAUGCAAAAAGAAUAACUGAGGCUCGAAAAACUCUAAAGGCUCCUGUAGAGCCAGAGUUCCCAAUCUUAGCGGAUAGUGGACCACUUGGUGCUGAUAAGGUUGUUACUGCUGCUGGUACUGUUGCCCCUUCAUCAAAUCCUCAGAUUCCCCCCUCUAAUACAACUGUGUCAGAAACUGCUUCAGUUAUGGCUUCCCUUCGCAUGCUACGUGUGUACUUACGGACAUAUGCUCUUGAUCAAAUGGUCCAAGCUGCAAGUUCAUCAGCGGGGCUUCGAACUAUCAAACGGGUUGAGCAGACUUUGCAAGAUCUUGGGGUGAAUUUGAAACCUAAGGUUCCCACAAAGGCUGUGUGUGCGGAGCAUCUUGAACUACGAAAGGAGAUAUUAACCCUUUUGAAUCUUCAGAAACAGUUGCAAUACAAGGAGGCAGAGGGAUCAUCAUUUCGUGAUGGUUCAUAUACUGAAACUCCUGGUACACCUCCUAAGCAGUCCGUACGAGCAGCAGAGCUUGAUCGGACAUUUACGCCCGAUUCCGUUAGCAUUGGAGGGGAAAGAUUUGUGAAAAGGGAACAAAAGCGCAAGGGGCCGGGGAGAGUUUCCGAAGCCCCAUCAUCACCUGCUCAGACCAAGAGGCCCCGUAAAUACAAAGCUUCAGAUUAACUGCUACAACUGUUUCUUCUUGGUUUCAAGUUAAUUACGAGUUAGUGGAGAAAAUUUUUUCUAUGGGUUGGUCUCUUGUUCCAACCAAUCGGAAGCUGGAAAUGGGCUUUUGUGCUCAUGCGGAGUUGCUGGAUAAUUUACGCGGGGGCUCAAGCAUGGACAAUUUCUGAGGAGGUAGGAUUUAGUUUUAGGCAUUUUACUUAGAUCCUAAUUAAAAUACUUUAUGUGAGCUCUUCUGUACCUUCUGUUGAUGUAAAUACAAAAGCCAUGGUUGCAUUUGUGAUAAUUUACUUUUAUUUGCACUUAUUAAACAUGAUUUUAUACCUUUUUGGCACACCUAAGGCAAAGGAUAAAUGUACUAGUUUUUAAAA